AUGAACACAACCAAAGCAGAGUCGCUGGCUGAACGCAAGACUCGCUUUUUAUCCAUGGUCGAAUGCAAGAACCCGGACCAAGAUACAAACAAUACGCAAGAAAUCAGUAAUCGUGGAUUGGAUGACGCUUUCAAAACCAGUCCUACAAAGUCUAUACCACCAGUAUCAUCUUCGCCACAGAAACCUAUUCCAACUUCUCGGACAACCGUACAAGACGGCGGCUCGACGACAGAAUCCACGGACGAGACUGUGAUUGAUCCAAUAGUCAGUAAGGAAUCAUGGUCAAAGCUGUUCGCCAAGAAAGCAACACCGAAAUGCGAAGAAUACCAGGAACCUUGUAUCAUGCUCACGACGAAGAAACCAGGUGUCAAUUGUGGUCAAGCUUUCUGGAUGUGCUCACGACCUCUAGAUCCGACUGGUCAGAAGCACAAGGGAAUGUAA